ACAUAAAUGCCCCCACGCCUCCGCUCCCGAGGCUCUCAAAAAAUGGAAGCCCAAUCCGCCAUUUCAACCCCUCCAAAACCCUAACUCCAACCUAACGCCCCAGCCGAACGCUCACCGGAGCUCCGAGCUCGUCCAUGGCGGCGAUCCUCGGGCGAGCCCACGCCCUCCUCCACAAAACCCUAAACCCCACUACCCCCCUGCGAGCCGCCAUCUCCACCUUCCCCUAUCUCUCCCAGGAGCCCCAGCUCCAGGAAACCCCCUCAUCCUCCGCCACCGCUGCCGCCCCGCUCCCCCCGAACCCCUCUACGGGGAGCCCCUUCUACCAGGAGAACUGGCGCGUCCCGAACCCCAGCCCCGGCCUCGCCAUCGGCGGCCAGUCCCUUGUCCCCAUGGGUGGCUCCGCCGCCACCCGGAUGAUGGCCUUCUCCCAGACCCUCGAUGUGGCCAGCCUGAUGAACGUCUUUGCCGACUGGAUGACGUCGCAGCGGUGGUCGGACCUUAAGCAGCUGUUCGAGUUCUGGAUCCGUUCGCUGGAUGCCACCGGCAAGCCCAACAAGCCCGACGUUCACCUCUACAACCACUAUUUGAGGGCCAAUCUCAUGAUGGGGGCGACCGCCGGAGAGCUCUUGGAUCUGGUGGCCCAAAUGCAGGAGUACCAGAUCGCGCCCAAUACUGCCUCGUAUAAUUUGGUGCUCAAGGCCAUGUACCAAGCUAGAGAGAGCGAGGCGGCGGAGAAGUUGGUCGACCGGAUGCUGCAGACAGGCACUUUGCCAGAUGAUGAAUCAUAUAAUUUGGUUAUAGGCCUUCUGAUUUUAAUGAAUCAGGUGGAUUCUGCCCUAAAAUAUUUGGAUUUGACCCUGAAAUCUGGUUACAUGUUGUCAUCGAGUGUUUUCUCGGAUUGUGUACGGAGCUGUGUUAAUUCUGGGAGAUUGGACAUGUUGUCAUCCAUCAUAGAGAAAUGCAAGACAACAGACCAAAACAAAGCCUUGUGCCCCAGCUGGAAUUUAUGCAACUACAUUGCAGAUGUUGCUUUGCAAGCCGAUCAUAGCAAAUUGGCCUAUUUUUCCUUGGAGUUUCUUGCUCGAUGGAUUGCUCGGGGUGAGAAUGCUAGACCACCAGUUCUUCUGUCUGUGGAUGAAGGGUUAGUUGUGUCAGCACUUGGUACUGUUGGUAGAACAUAUGACUCUACCCUUUUAGAUGCUGCUUGGUCAAUCUUGCGGCGUUCUUUGCGUCAAAAAAGAGCGCCAAAUCCAGAGGCUUACCUUGCCAGGAUAUUUGCACAUGCAUCAUUGGGAAAUCUACAACGUGCUUUUAGUACCCUCAAUGAAUUUGAAAAUGUAUACGGGAAUUCUGGGGAAGUUGAUCGGGAGCUUUUCUCCCCUUUUACCUCUUUAUAUCCACUGGUUGUUGCUUGCUGCAAAAACGGCUUCUCAACAUUGGACUCGGUGUAUAUUCAAUUGGAGAACUUGAGCCGCGCCGAUCCCCCUUACAAGUCUGUUGCUGCUCUUAAUUGUGUGAUAUUAGGUUGUGCAAACAUAUGGGAUCUGGACCGGGCCUAUGAGACUUUUGAGGCCGUCACUGAGAAGAUAGGAUUGGCACCUGAUAUACAUUCUUAUAAUGCUUUAAUGAGUGCAUUUGGAAAACUCAAGAAGACAGCUGAGGCUUCAAAAGUGUUUGAACAUUUAGUAAGCUUAGGUGUGAAGCCAAAUGCAACAACAUAUUCAUUGCUUGUUGAUGCACAUCUUAUAAAUCGGGAUCCAAAAGCUGCUCUUGCUGUAAUUGAUGAGAUGGUUGAGGCAGGGUUCACACCUUCGAAAGAGAUGUUAAAGAAGGUGCGAAGACGCUGCUCUCGAGAAUCAGAUUUUGAUAGUGAUGAGCGGGUACGGUCUCUGGCUCAAAAGUUCAAGAUCCGGAUGGGUGGUGAAUUUCGUAGAGAGAUGCUCUACAACCUAGAGUACAGUGCUGACUAUUAGAAAGAGCAGGAUGCUCAAUCUGUUCAGCAGAUGCUGGGGAAAUGUGACCAUCCCAGUUUGUACAUUACUUUUUUUUGUAAUCAAUUUUGACCAAUAUUGUAGGAGAGAGGGUGUAGGGUCAUAAACAAAUUUUAUCAGUCUGGUUCCCUUUUUAACUGUUUUCCUGCCUCUGAAGUUGUGGUGAACUUUUAGUAAUUUAUCUGGGUCAUUUGCAAGAAACCAGAUGCUAGGAUUUCAGAAUAAAAAUUGAUGUUUUGAAGAUCAAAAGGCAUCAUUUGUUUAAUAA